UUGGCACACCGGGAAGCCACGGCAUCCUUCAAACGACGUUACAGAUGGUGUUGAAUCUGAUUGAACACGGAAUGAACGUUCAGGCGGCGAUUGAAGCACCGCGCGUUCGCUUGGUAAAUCCGGGAACGCAUGUCAGCAUGGAGGGACGUAUUCCUGCUGCUGUCCGUGCAGCAUUAGAAGCACGUGGACAUGAGGUAGAGGUGUUACCCGAUUGGACAGCAACUGUCGGUGGUGGUCAGGGCAUCGCCUUUGAUCCGGCGGAAGGAAGUUUUAUGGGGGGUGCCGACCCGAGGCGCGAUGGGUAUGCAAUAGGUGUGUAACCUGAGUGAGGUUUAAAUGAUUCAUCCGAAACACAUUGUUGCUGUCUCUGGAUUGGUAAGUCAUCCGAACGGUGAUAACGUCUUGUAGGAAAGGCAGUUUUGCUUGUCUCUAUGGCAGCAGACAAUCAAAAUAGUACUGUUUGAGGAAAAUAAUUCUUAACAAGUUCUGUGUUCUUACAAAAUGGAGAAUUUUAUGCUUAAUCAAUACCCGUAUCCGGAGUCCGAAGGUGAACGGAGUAUCAUGAUUGGAAUUUUGGUAACCUUGGUUACUUGUGGUAUCUAUGGGCUUUAUUGGCAAUACAAGCAGAUGGCAACACUUAAUGCUUGGUUGAAGCGGGAUGAGUACUCUUUUUGGCUCUGGUUUCUUCUUUCGAUUAUUACUUGCGGCAUCUUCGGUAUCUAUUAUGAGUACAAGAUGGCAAAUGGUAUCAAUAAAGUUCAGGCUGAUAAUGAUUUGGUAUUUGAUUCAAACUUGCCUAUCAUUUGCGUUCUGUUAGCAAUUUUCGGUAUUGGUGUUGCUUCACUCGCUAUUCAACAGCACCAGAUUAACAGACUCUACGGACAAAUUCCUUAAUGUUUAACCAUACAUUUCUCGCUCGCCUCUUUCUUAUCGGGUUGGGUGUAGUAGGGAUUUACACUACAAUUUC